AUGAAGCUCCAAUGGCAGUGGAAAGAGAUUCGCACCACUGACUCCAUCCAGGGAGUGCUUUGUGGCGAUGAUGAGGAGUGGAGACGCUUGGGUGACUGUGGAUGCUCCCGGCUGACAAAGCUGUGGUGUGAAGGUGGCAGCCAGGAGUUCUACCUCACUCUCCGGACGUGCGUUGCGUUCAAGUACAAGUUGGGUCAGAUGCUGAACAACGGCAUGGUCCUGAAGAGGGCUGCUCACGUUUACUCUGGCCAAGAUUUGCUGGCUGUGAGAUUUGGCGAUGGGCUUUCUACGCCGGAUCAAAAGCUCCUGAACAUUGGCCUGUAUGAUUCAAAUUUUGAUUUCCCAGCCCAUAUUCCCAUCACCGUCCACGCGUACUUGCUCAGUGGCAAGAAAAUGAUCGAUGAGAAGAUGCCGCGUUUGACGAGCACUUGGUGGGACAUUGCGAAGAAAAUCAUCGAAAAAAAUGGAGAGAUGAAUCUGGCUUUCAUCAUUGAAGGUGAAAUUGUGCCCCGGCACAUGUGGAACAAGAGUCUCCUGGAGCCAGUCAUCCCCAAUGAGGAGGUCCAGGAAAUGCCGCAGUACACGAAGGCAAAGCCUGGUGGCAAAAUUUCAGGAACACCAUCGAUGAGCAGUCGACACAUGCCCAUGCCGAUGAAGGCAGCCAGCAAGCCCAAGGCCCGCCCGAAGGCAACUCCGAAGUCACAGCCAAAGAAAGCUUCCAAGAAGUCUAGCAAAACUAUGAAGAAGGCUUCUCCAAAGAACAAGAAGAAAGCGUCGCAGCACCAGGUGAACAAGGGCAAGAUGGCUUCGCAGAAAACCGUUGUGGAUGGCAAUGUGAAGAUCAAGAAGAAGCCUUCUGCAAAGCAUGUUCUGUUGACACUGCAAGGAGGGCAUCUCUUUUCAAACUUUGUUGACGACCAGCAGUGCAUCACAGUGAACAUCAAGCUGUGGACUAUGGUGAUCAGUUUGGCCAAGCAUCCUAGCCCGGUGGCAUGUGACUUUGUCUCUGAAGGCAAUUUCAGGCUGUUGGAUGACCCAGAUGACACGAAUGAUGGAAAGUCCAUUUUGGAGAAGAUGUUUGCAAUGCUUGACGCAGAUGUCAAGGUAGUCCCGCCGAUCUUGAUUUGUGAUGAACAGCAACUUCAUUCAUCAGAAAUUCAAGUUCAUGGCCACUUCCGGUUCCUUAGAAGUCUAGCCAUGGGUUCAACCGAAAUCGAAUCAUUUGUGAUGAGUGUGAUGCCUCAAGGAUUUUGGAUCAAAGGAUCUGUGAGGGCAACUCGUCGCAUCGCCAUGGGAAAGCGCGGCAGUGGUGCAUCAUCAACUGGACCUCCAAAGAAGAAAGCUUCCAGGGAGAGCAUCAAGGAUGGUGACACAGCAAUUCAGGUGCCGAAUGACAUCAAGGCCACUUUUGUUGUGAACCCUUGGCUCGGAAAGGUUCUCGAAAGGUUUGAUGCUGAAUGGAAGCAGCACCAAGACAUCGUGGUCAUUUUGGAGCACUUCUUUCCCAAUGAGCAGGAGCAGCUGGCCUGGAGAAAUUUCCUGUCUGAGACUUUCCCUGCUGAGUCAGAUGUCGAAUAUUUGUCUGCGGAUGAGAUGGAAGAGGCUUGCCAGGUCCAUCUUCGACCUUUCAUGCUGAGCUGGAAAAGAGAAGCCGGGAACAAAGGUUACGUGAUGCAGGAGAACUUCAGGAACCUCAUUCAGCUCAUUUUGGCUAAGGGGUUUGAAACCUCCUCUAGCAUAGCCGGUGUGGAGAUGCCAGUGAUUUCGAAACACCACGCCAAGCUCAUUCAGGGCGCGGCCAUGCACAUGCCCAUUAUCGAGCCAGAUUGCGCUCCUGCAAACAGCAUCAGUCUUAUCAAAGGUUGGAGCAGGGCAUGUGCCAUGCACUUGGUUCUGAAGUUGUGCUGUGAAGUUGGCAUUUUGGACCAGUACAUGAAGUACUUGGGCGGCAAGGUCAAUGGUUUCAGUACAGUCUAUGCCAACUUCAGACCCUACAGGGAAGACGAGGACAUCGUGGACAUCAACAGAGCAUUGCUGCACAAUGGCGACAUCUCCGUGCAGAUGACGCAGUUUCUGGAGGGCAUGGCUGGCUUCAACCUGAGUCCUGCUGAGGAAGCUGCUACGAAGAACAAGGAGCAGAGAUCCAAGCUUGCAAGGAUUGGGACCACCUACGGCAUGGCGCGUGGCCCGUUCUCCCAUGCGUCCAUUGGAUGCAAAGGGCUCAGAUUUGGCUACAAGCCCAACUGUGAAGAUGAGUGGUGGGAUCGAAGAAUGGCCAGCACUGCAGAGACCCAGGACAUGAUCAUCAAUCGCAUCUUCGGCAACUGGAUUGGAUUGCCAACUGGUCUUCGAAAGACAGCUGAUGAAGCGACAAUCUUUGCUAUGCAGAAGAUUUGCCGAUGUUUCCAGCUUUACUUGGAGAACUUGCAAAGCAAGCUGCCGGCAUCGAAUUUCAACAGCGAGAAGGAUAAGCUGAUGGCUGCCUUUGACAUGGGCACCAUGGAUGAUGUUCUCAAAGCAGAUGCAGAUGCCCAACCAGCCAUUGAUUGCUCCAGGAUUCCUGAGUUCAAAGUUGUGCUGGACAAGUUGAACAGUGAGGUUGUCCUCCAAGCUGCUCAAAAAAGGGCAGAUCUGCAGAAGUCACUCGAGAGUGCAACGUUCAUGUCUCUGGUGGAGGAUUUGAAGCAAGAUCAGGUGAAGAUCGAGAAGUACAUGAGUGAAUUGGAUGCAUCCAGGGCCAACUGGAGCCAGUCACUUAGUGCACAUAAGAGACACCGCCGCCAGACAGGUUUGCAGAGGACCCUUGACUUCAUGAAGAUGCGCCUGGACGUUGGAACAAUGGCUGAUGAAGAAGUUAUUGCAGAUAUUCCCAAGCACUACAGCGUCUUCAAAGCAUUUUCUGGUCGAGAGAUCCAGGGCUUUGGACAUGAUGAGACGGAAACUUUGGUCAUCUUGGACUUCAGUGUCAGCCCGAACCCGACCACCAUGGCCAACAUGAUUCAAAGUGCUGCAGCAAUCUGCCAGCAGUCGCCAAUGUGCGCAGUGCUUGUGAGAUAUCCGCUGAGGAUCACAUCUCAGGCUGAGUCUUCAUGGAUUGCAUCAACCAGAAAGAUCGAGGAUCGACUUCUCACUGGUGGUCUUUGCAUUUUGGGCUUAGUCAACGCUGUGAUUGACACUCGAGAAGCUCAUGGGAAUGACAGACGUGAUGCAGUCGUUCAAUUUCGACUCUGUGUGCCUGAAGCCUUUGUGGAAUCAUCGCCCUGGAUGACUUCGCAGGUCAUGAACCAACACAAGAUCAUCCAGGGUGUUCACAUGCUGCCUCCACGGGAUUUGCGCCACAUCCCCCAGGCAGAUGCUGUGGCAAGGAAGGAGCAUUUGAACGCGCAGGAACGUGGAUCUCAGUUGGGGCCCAAAGCCUGUGAGCAGAUCCUGCUUCCACUGAUGAUGGGUCGGGCCUCUGGUGAGGUUCGAACCCGAAAAGUGAUUGUCAUGGACAUCAAUCCGACAUUUGGUGACUGGCUGGAUGCUUCCUGGAACCUUCAUCAGAGGUAUCUUCAGGGAGGCGACGUGCCAAUGGUGGUGUAUUGCACUCGCUACACUGCUUCUGAUGUCAGCGAGUUCAAUGGCAUGCGAUCCAGGACGCAGCAAAUGCUGAUGGAGCAAUGGUGGGAGAGUCACCCUGACGCAGGGCCUGAGGAGCCAGUCUGCACUGCUGAGAGUGCAGUGACCAGGCCUUCCCUGACACUCCUUUCCUGGACCACGGAUGGAUCGAAGGUCACUUUCCCUGAGAUCCUUGAGAGCAAGUUCAACAGUGACAGUGAAUACAGCCCUCAAUGGAAGUCUGCCUGUGACAAUGCCAGGGUUUUGCUGGAGAAACUGGAGGCUGCCAACACCCAUUGCUCAGGUCGAACUGUUGGCAAUGACGUGGGUGCUGUGGCUUUGACAGGUCCUGACUUGGACGGUGCGCAGCCCAAGCAGUUCAACAGUGCUUUGAACCUGGAAUCGGUCAAGCUUGCUGACUUCAACCUGGACGAUGUGCAGCUAGGCGAGCUGUUUGGUUUCAACACUGGCAGCAUGAUCCAAGAUGACACUGAAACGCUGAAAAGCACCGAGAGGGUGAUCAUGUGGCACAUCCCGAACGAUGACCAGAAGGCUGUGGUGCUUGAAAAGGCUCCUCGCACCAUUUCCAGCUUGCUUUUCCAAGCAUUUGAGAAGAACGUCCCCGAGAUGAAAGUGGACCAGCACGUCUGCAUGCCGAUGAAGAUCACCAGAAAGGGCAUCGAAAUCGACAUGUUUUGCCGUCUCAAACUUCGGCUCGGCAACCAUGCGCUGGCAUUUGGUCCUGACAAAUUGUCCGAUGCUGACUUGGCUGGUACCACAUUGAAGAGGGCACAGGCUCCACCUGCGCCGGCAACUCCGAAAUCAAAGGCCAAAGCGAAAGCAAAGGCCAAAUCAUCCCCAGCGACUCCAAAGAAACCAACUUCAGGUGGCAUCAGCAGUCCCAAGGCAGCUUCGAAAUCCAAGUCCCCAGCAGUGCCCAAGUUGAAGAAGCCGGCAGCUUCCUUGAAGCGACCAGCCUCGGCUAUGAGUGCAGCUGAGGAUGUCAAUGGGGACGAUGCUAGCAUCGACGUUCCUGCUGAGACCAAGGAUGAUGGAAACUCAGCUCCUGGCAAGGGUGAGGAGGAUCCUGAUGUUUGCAAGAAGCCUGCCAUGCGCAAGAACAAGAAGGCUGCAGACUUCGGUUUGGAUCCAGUCACUCAUGUGAAGCACAAUGGUCAGGACUACUUCAAUAUGCGAUAUGUUUCAAAGGGCAAAGUUUCGAUCAGAAACGACUCCAAGUUGGUCGUCUUCACUGCUGCUGUUGGUGGCGCCACUCUGAAACAAAACGAUGAUAUUUGUGUGGCAGUGCUGAAAGCACUUGAGACCUCCCAAAACUUGCCGAACUCAUUGGCUCAGGGCCACCAGUGGGCGGCUGAUCUGUGGGCCAAGAUCAACAAUGUUGGAUCGACGGCCGGGCCUUCCGAUGGCGCGCUUGACACGAUCACUGCAGAGGAUAACAUGAAGCUUCGUCGGCAUUGCAAUUUGAUGAUGAGCACGGUUGAAGGCCGUGACAUCACGAGCAAGCUUUUCAGCUUCUGCUUUUCAGCAGUACUCAGUGGUGUGCUUCUCAGCACGCACGCAGCUUUUCAGCUUCUGCUUUUCAGCAGUACUCAGUGGUGUGCUUCUCAGCACGCACGUGGCAAAGGAGCACAGGGCCCUCAGCGACAGGGGGUGGGCUACAUGCUCAGACGAGCAGAGAGGGCGGUCACUGCCAACACCCAAAUGCACAGGGCUGUCAGUUGGCUGUUCAGACAGCUCCAAUGCCCUCCGUUGGAGGAUGUGAUGUUCGAGCUGGAGGAGGGGCGGCAGCCACAGGCCCCACUGGUGCUGCAAUGGCUCCAAGAAAGGGGGCAGCAGCUCCUCGCAGCGCAGGCUGCUGGGAUGGCACAGCAGGCCAUGGCGGCACAGCAAGCCAUGCAGCAGCAGAUGCAACAACAGCAGCUGCAGCAGCAGAUGCAGCAGCAGCAGCAGCAGCAGACGCAGCAGCAGCAAAUGCACAUGGCACCACCGCCGCUGGAUCAGCAGAUUCCCCCCGGGUCCGCUGGGCCAUCCAGGCCACCCAUGGGGCCAUGUGCCACGCCACCCACACGUGUCGGGCCCCUACCGCCAGCACCCCCGCCGCAAAAUGCAAUUCCGCAGAUGUUGCUUCCUCAGCAGACCUUUGGCCAAGCUGGAUCGAACUUGCCAGCAUGUGACCAAAGACCCGCAGAGCCACCAGGACCACCUCCCGGGCGGCCACAGCAGCCACCACCUCCCUUCAAACAACAACAGCAGGCACCACCACCACCUCCCAAACAACCACAGCAGACAGCAGGGCCACCUCCCAAACAAUCACAGCAGCCACCACCUCCCAAACAACCACAGCAGCCACCAGGGCAGGGAGAGCGAACGAAAGCCAGACUCCCACAGCCAGGAAACAGGACUGGGUUGGUGUUGAAACAGACGCCGAAGGUGAGGCCAAGUCCAGAAGAGCCGAAGGCGAGGAUUGAGCCAAAGCAGAUGCCAAGUUCAGAAGAACCGAAGGCGAGGAUUCAGCCCAAGCAGAUGCCAAGUACAGAAGAACCGAAAAAAGAGGAGAAGAAAAAAGAGGAGAAGAAAAAUGAGGAGAAGGAAAAAGAGGAUGCCGACAGCACCAUGGUGCCGCUGCCCCAAAAAAAAAAGAAGGAGGAGAAGAAGGCUCCAGCGCAUGGCAGUGCAAUGAAGGCCUGCCUGAGUCUCAGCCAAUGGACCAACGUAGCAACACAGCCGCUGCAGAAGAAGAUAAGCCUGUAUUUGCUCGCAGUGGCAUUCCUCCUCCUCCUGGUCAUCCAGUCCAUCAG